GUUCGCCGCGUCGGCCGCGGCGCGAAGGGCGCCCCGAGUGUGACUACGCGACCGGCCGCGGCGCGAGGAGCCCUUCUUUUGCCUCCCUGCGGCCCGCGGGGUGGACGGUGCGGGGAUAGAGUGUGGCCGCCGCUCCCUUCUCUCCGCUCCCGGGCGGCCGCUCCGGCCCUUCCGGGCGGCGCCGCAGCCUCAUCCCGCGCCACACGCAGAUGUGGGAAGACAAAUGAAGGGGUUUAGAAAACAAAUAAAUGUCAGUGGAAAGAAAAGUUACCAUCACUAAGUGCUGAACACAAGUAAACUCAUUUUCAGAGUUAAACAUUUAUUUAAAAAAACAAGAUGGGGACUCCUGGUUCUGGAAGGAAAAGAACACCAGUGAAGGAUCGAUUUUCUGCAGAAGAUGAAGCUUUGAGUAACAUCGCCAGAGAGGCAGAAGCAAGGCUAGCAGCAAAGCGGGCCGCCAGGGCAGAAGCAAGAGACAUCCGCAUGAGGGAACUGGAGCGACAGCAGAGAGAGCCUUCUCAUCAUUCCUUUGACCGGAAAUGGGGACAGAUUCACAAGUGGCUGGAAGAUUCAGAAAGGGCCAGAUAUUCUCACCGGUCUGGUCACCGCCAUCUUAACCUGGGAGUAGAGGAUACACUGUCCCUUCGAAGCCUUGGCAGUUACAGGAGUUCAUCGAAGGAUAUUCCUGGACCACACUGGAGCAGAGCCAGUAUGCCUAGGAGGAGAGAGAUGAUGUAUGAUACCGCCAAGGACAGAGCACCAAGGGUUUCGUCACUAACUCAUUCUUACAGUCACACCCAUGGGAUGAAGAAGCGAUCCUCUAGUUCUUAUAAAGACCCACUGAGUGGCCUCUACUUUGACCAGAGAAACUAUAGCAGUCUUAGACAUGGCAAACCUGCCUCUACCUACUAUUUCCGGUCUUCUUCCCUGUGCAGUGAGCCGACGGGGACCUCCAAGAGUCAGAGCAGGGCCUCCCCUACUGUAACUUCUGGUCUGCUGAGAAGUACCAGUCUGGCAUCAUUGUAUGAUGGUGGAUUAUAUAACCCUUAUGGUUCUCGAACUCCAUCUGAAUACAGUUACUAUUCAUCCAGAGCAAGUUCCUCCAGAAGCAGUCCUGUGCCCUUCGAUGAUGACACCGAAAGCAUUGUGUCUUCUGAUCGUGCCAGUCGUGGGCGAAGGGAGAGUGUGGUUUCUGCUGCCGAUUACUUUAGUCGCUCCAAUCGUAGGGGAAGUGUUGUCUCUGAGGUGGAUGACGCCGGCAUCUCAGACAUGGCCAGCUUGGAUGAAAAAUCUGACAAACAGUAUGCUGAAAAUUACACCAGACCUUCAUCUCGAAAUUCUGCCUCAGCAACAACGCCUCUAAGUGGAAAUUCAUCCAGACGGGGUAGUGGGGACACCAGCAGCUUAAUAGACCCAGACACCUCAUUAAGUGAACUGCGGGACAUCUAUGACCUGAAGGACCAGAUACAUGAUGUAGAAGGGAGAUACAUGCAGGGGCUUAAGGAACUGAAGGAGUCUCUGUCUGAAGUAGAAGAGAAAUACAAGAAAGCCAUGGUGUCCAAUGCACAACUGGACAACGAGAAGAACAAUCUGAUCUAUCAGGUGGACACCCUCAAGGACGUUAUUGAAGAGCAGGAGGAGCAGAUGGCAGAGUUUUACAGAGAAAACGAAGAGAAAUCUAAGGAGUUAGAAAGACAGAAGCACAUGUGCAGCGUGCUGCAGCAUAAGAUGGAUGAACUCAAAGAAGGCCUUCGGCAGAGGGACGAGCUCAUCGAGGCCCUAGAGAAACAGAAAGAACACAUUGCCUGCCUCAGGAAUGAGCGAGAUGUGCUCAGAGAGGAGCUGGCUGAGCUGCAGCAGACGGUGAAGACGGCAGAGAAACAUGGCUUAGUUAUAAUCCCAGACAGCACUCCCAAUGGUGAUGUCAAUCAUGAGCCUGUGGUUGGAGCCAUUACUGCUGUGUCUCAGGAAGCUGCUCAGGUCUUGGAGUCAGCAGGAGAAGGGCCACUAGAUGUGAGGCUACGAAAACUUGCUGAAGAAAAGGAUGAGCUACUGUCACAGAUUAGAAAACUGAAGCUCCAGUUAGAGGAAGAACGGCAGAAGUGUUCCAGGAGUGACGGCAUGUCUGGCGACCUGGAAGGACUGCAGAAUGGCUCAGACCUGCAGCUCAUCGAGAUGCAGAGAGAUGCCAAUAGACAAAUUAGUGAAUACAAAUUCAAGCUUUCGAAAGCAGAACAAGACAUAGCUACCUUGGAACAAAGUAUCAGCCGGCUUGAAGGGCAGGUGCUGAGGUACAAGACUGCUGCUGAGAAUGCUGAGAAAAUUGAAGAUGAGCUGAAAGCAGAAAGGAGGAAGCUACAGCGAGAGCUACGGACAGCACAGGACAAGAUCGAGGAGAUGGAGAUGACCAACAGCCACCUGGCGAAGCGGCUAGAGAAGAUGAAGGCCAACAGGACAGCCCUUCUCGCCCAGCAGUAGGAGGCCGCCCUUCCUUCCUUCCACCUGGGUGCUGCUCUGAGGGCCUUGCUGGGAGAUACUGACUCUUUUGUACAUUGACACAAACCCCCUCAAGUACUGUUUUGAGUCUUGUCAUUAAACAGCCACCUUUGUAUUUUAUAAUUUAUGAGAAUGAAACAGGUUUAAUCGUUAUGGAUUUGGA